GCCGCGGGAGCCUCGCGUCUGAUGACUGGCCUGCUAGGAGGCUGUCGGAGGGCGCGGGGCGGGAUCGGGCCGGCCUUCCAGCGUGCGCUGAUCUUGGUGACUGCUGUCUCAGGGCGUCCCUUCUGUGGCCAGAGUGGUGGACGGCAGAGAACAGCCUCUCCAAGGUUUGGUGUCCAGAUGCUGGAAUGUAGCAACUGAGGAUGAGAGAAAUGAUCCCCGGGACCAGCAAGGAUUAGAAGUGAGAAUUGAAGCCCACGGGUAGAGCUGAGACUUCUUCAACACCGAAGGAAGAGGAAGCAGGCAGUGCUUUUUACCUGAACUCAGACUCACCAUGUAGGAAGGGUAACCUGAACCUGCAGAUCCACAGACUGGACCUCUUGUGCAGCCAUAACUGAGGGUCUGCUAGGCAGCAAGGUGACACUGAUUAAGCCUGCUGAUGACAGAUUCCCUCAGUUUUGUUGUGCCACAGAGUCCCUUUCUGCAGUUCUGAAGGAUGGUUUCACUAGAUCUGCAGUCUUGUGUGCCAGCAAGAUGGAGAUUAACACGUCUGGCUUUGACAUUGAUGCCCCCCGUUGGGACCAGGGCACUUUCCUGGGGCGUGUGAAGCACUUCUUUAACAUCACAGACCCCCGCACCAUCUUGGUACCAGAGCAUGAGCUGGACUGGGCCAAGGCAAUGGUGGAGAGGAGCAGAAUGGGGACCGUGCCUCCAGGCACCCACAUGGAGCAGCUUCUGUAUGCUAAGAAGCUGUAUGACUCAGCCUUCCACCCCGACACUGGGGAGAAGAUGAAUGUCAUCGGGCGGAUGUCCUUCCAGGUCCCUGGCGGCAUGCUUAUCACAGGUUUCAUGCUCCACUUCUACAGGACCAUGCCAGCAGUGAUCUUCUGGCAGUGGGUGAACCAGUCUUUCAACGCCUUGGUCAACUACACCAACAGGAACGCAGCUUCCCCCAUGUCGGUCAGGCAGAUGGCCUUCUCCUACCUCACAGCCACCACCACCGCAGUGGCCACUGCUGUGGGCAUGAACAUGUGGACAAAGAGAGCUCCACCCUUGGUGUGUCGCUGGGUACCCUUUGCUGCUGUGGCUGCUGCAAACUGUGUCAAUAUCCCAAUGAUGCGGCAGCAGGAACUCAUCCAGGGCAUCUCGGUGCAGGACAAGAACCACAAUGAGGUUGGCCAUUCCCAGAGAGCUGCAGCCAUAGGCAUUGCCCAAGUGGUUAUUUCCCGGAUCACCAUGGCAGCUCCUGGCAUGAUCUUGCUACCAGUCAUCAUGGAAAGGCUAGAGAAACUGCACUUCAUGAAGGUCAGCAGGCCUCCUCUUCAUGGUACCAGUGGCAUGUGGGCUCUUUCCACAGAUGUGGUAUUGCCUUUUGUUACCUGCUUUCUUUUAUUGACCCCACUGCCACUCCAUCCCCAAUCCUCCACAGCAGUGCCUUGCCAGUUUCUUAUCUGGAACCAGAUCUUCAAGACGUUGUCGGGGCCAAGGACGGAAAACAUGCACCUUAUGUCUAUUUCAACAAGGGUCUCUGAAUGCAUCAUGCCAGCAAGGACCAGCCUGCGAGUAUCUACUGCUCUGCACACCUGUGCCCACGUUCCUCCUUGCCCACAAGGCCUGAGAGCCAGGAUGGACAGGGGCACAUUUCCUAUCACUUUGACCAAGUAGUUUGUUUACUGGACUUUAGUGGGUAAUCAUGGAAAAGGGAACCAAAGGUGGGAGUCCUCUGUGCCUCCUCCUUAACCCUCUGCCCUGGAGGCUGGAAACUGCUGCCUUUGCAGGGAGAAGUUGCUGCUACCUGUUGGUGGGCAGGGUGGAAGACAUCAAGCAAAUCAUUGGGAAAAGUUAGGAAACCUUGCUAGGCCUGAUGUUGCAUGCUUGUAAUCCCAGCACUUGGGAGGCUGAGGCAGAAGGGUCCUUAAGAAUUUGAGACCAGCUGGGCUACAAAGUGAGUACAAGGCCAGCUUGAACUGCAUAGUGAGACCCUGUGUCAAAAAGACAAAAAAAAUUUUUUUAAGAAACCUUUAGGAUCCAGGUCCAGCCAGGUUUGGGGAUUGGCCAAGGGCAGGAAGAGCUCUGCAUCUUCCCUUCCCUUUCCUUCCAGAGCAGAGGAGCCUUCACCUUGCUUUGCUACCCUGGCUCACAGGAAGGGAAACACAGGCUCAUCUCCCCCAGUGAUCUCUCUAGUACUCUUCCCUGUGUGUCUGGCCAGAGAGCUACCUUUCGAGUGCUGCUAGCUGGGUUUAUUGAACACCCAGGAGUUAAUCUGUACUAAAAAAUGAGGCUGCACAGAGCAGUAAAAUACCAUGAUGCUUCAAGCAUCCAUUGACACUGACUUUGUUCAGCCAGCACUCUGGAAGGCUGAGGCAGGGGGAUCACAAAUUUGAGACAAAGGGAUUUAUUGAGACAGGUUUCAAAAUAAAAAGUUGGGGCCAUAGCUCAGUGCAGCUGCUCUGGGUUUGAUCCCCAGUACUGGAGAGAAAAAAGAAAAAUCAUGCCUAGACCUUUUUUUUGAGACAAGGUUUCACUAUGUAGUUAAGUCUGGUCUUGAAUUUGCAGUGAUCCUCCUGUCUCUUGGCCUCCUGAAUGCUAAGAUCACAGGUGUGCACCACCAUGCCCAGCCUUUCAUACCUGUUUUUUGUUUUGUUUUUUGUUAUGGGGGUUGAAUUUGUGCUUGCCAGCAGGCGCUUACACCACUGAGCUAAAUCCCCAGCCCUCACGGGCCUGUUUUGAAAGAGAAAUCUCCUCACUGUUUGUGGAAAGGAUGUAUGUUAGCAUUAACCACACGGUUAAUGGAUCUAAUCUGGCUGCCUCCUUUCCUCCGCCAUCAGCAGGCUAAGCACCAAAGAGAGACUGGCAUUUGCUGAAUAGGAGAGGGAAGUUGGAUUUGGACACCUAAGGGGAAGCCAAACAGUACCAAAUGGCCUUAAGAGUACGGGGCGGGGGGGCAGGAUUUGGAUCAGGAGCACAGCGCCUGCCUGGCAAGUAUGAGGUUCUGAGUUCAAUUUCUGAUACCACAAAAAUAAAUUUUUUUUUUGUUUUUUCCUGUGCAAUUUUGGGACCAGGGAUUUAGCUCAGUGGCCCAGUGCCUGCCUGGCAAGUGUGAGGGCCUAAGUUUGAUUCCCAGUAUGCAUUCCCCUUAAAAAAAAAAAAAAGUGUGCAGGGCACAGCAAUCUUUUCCCUUUCAACCAGCUUCUUGGGUUGGGGUUAAGGUAAGUUGAGGGAGGACUCCUAGGGUGCUCCUGUGUCUGUGUGACUCUCCUGGAGAAUGCUGGCUCUUCAGAGACCAUCACUGAACUGUAUAAAGUGCACUAAAGAGCAUAAAAAUCUGUAAACCAAGUACUAAAGCCUGGAUGGAGGGGAUUAGCUCAGCAGCUCAAGUGCCUGUCUGCUAAGUGCAAGGCUUCGAGUUCAAUCCCCAGUACCAAAAAAAUAAAGCCGGCAGAACACAGGA